AUGAAUUACGAAUUUGGGCGAGAAAGUGGUUUUAUCAACAGCCAGCCGUCGCUCGCUGAGUGUCUGACAUCUCUCACUAACCCUGUCGGUGAUGCAUUUCAAAGUUCAUCAAUCAAGAGCUCGGCGCUUUCACUCUCGACACUGAUUCCUCCUCCUUUUGAGCAGACCAUCCCCAGCCUGAACCCGGGCGUCCACCCACGCAACAGCCACUCAAAGCAGGCUCUGAAAGGCUGCAGCCCGCUGCAGGCUGCAUCCCUACCCCUGGAGUACCCGUGGAUGAAGGAAAAGAAAAGCAUCAAGAGAAAUCAGACUGCUGCAUCUGCUUCUUCUUCUACUGCUGCUGCUGCUGCGACAACGACUGACUCCUCACCACUCUACUUCUCCCCCCAAGAGACACCAGAGAGUGGUGCUGGCGGUGGAGGCGCAUCCCGGAGGCUGAGGACGGCAUACACCAACACCCAACUGUUGGAGCUAGAGAAGGAGUUUCAUUUUAACAAAUACCUCUGCAGACCGAGGCGAGUGGAAAUAGCAGCUUUGUUGGAUUUAACAGAGAAACAGGUGAAAGUGUGGUUUCAGAACAGGAGGAUGAAGCACAAGAGGCAGACCCACUGCAAAGAGAACCGGGACAGUGAGGGGAAGUAUGCGUGUCUGGACGACGGGCCGGAGGACGAGUUUGAGCAGGCGGUGGAUGAUAGCUUCUCCGGGACGCUCCUGGAGAGGGAGAGGUAUUUCCACCAAAAUACAUUGACUUCACAGCCGUGUCAGAAUGGGCACAAUGGGGACAACCAAAGCCCGACUGGCAUGUCUUUGAACAGCAAUGAGAAAAAUCUGAAACAUUUUACACACCCGGCACCCACUGCUCCUAUCUGCGUGUCAACAAUAGGCCCGGACAAUGAUAAUUCCCCGGGCCUGGAAGUCUCUUUGCAGGAUUUCCAAGUUUUCUCCUCCUCCUCCUCUUUCUCACCAAGUUUGUCAGAUUCCGCACAAAGUCCCCUGCCUCUGUCGUCCGAAACGUUUGACCUUUUCUCAGAAACACUCACAACAAUCGACCUGCAAAACUUGAGCUACUGA